GCCAGUCAGCGUUCCAAAACGUCCAGUGUGGGGUCGUAAUACGCGGUGUCUAGAUAAAAACAGAGAACUGUGAGGAAAGUUUGACCCAAAGGUUGAUAUCAGUUGGCAGUUCGCGGACCGUGAAAGGCGUGGACAGUGAGCCGUGUGGUGCCUCGUUUCGCGAGCGUGGUGGCGCGUCGCUUGGCCGGUUUUCAGUGAAACCGGCGAGUUCCGGGAUCCGUCUGCGUGCUGACGGAACAGCGGGGCAGCGGCGCCGGGCGGCGGCAUUUGGCGAGCCUGUCAGUGUGGUGAGCGUGUCCGGAGUGCCGUGCACGGGACGCAGGUGGAAGUAGUUAUCGCGGAAAGGACUGGAACUGUGCCAGCUCUCGGGGGCAUAAACGAGGAUUAGUGACAGUCGACGUGCCAGUAGCGCCGGGCUGUGACAGGAGGGUGGGCAUGGCUCGCUCAUCCAGCCGGGUUUUGAAAAGGACGCUUCCCAUGCGGUGCCUCUCGACAAUGGGCGUCGCAGUGACCUUGGUUUUCGUUGUCGCGGUGGCCAGCGCGCAGACCCAGGACAGUAGGAUUGUCUUCAACGGACCCACAGACACCUCGUCGAACUUGACAAAACGCAUCCAGGUCAACCUAGCCGCCAACAACUACCCAGAUUGUCCGUGGCACGUGUGUGAGCGCGAGGGUCGCCAGCCGCGGAGGAAGGAGGACUGGUACCUGCUCGGCUGCUACUGUGACAAUGCCUGUGGCAUGUUCGGGGACUGCUGCCGUGACGCAGACCGAGCUGCUGAAACGCCCAGGAGUGACGUGAAGUGUAUGCCGUUACGUCAGUACACGGGGGUGUACGUGGUGUCGGAGUGUCCGACCGAAUGGCCAAAGGAUGAGGUGAGGCAGAUGUGUGAAGUCGGCUCUCCGGAGAAUCUCCAGGCACAGGCGCUUGUGACAAACCGGCGCACUGGUCUCACCUACCGCAACUGGGCGUGUGCGCUGUGCCACGAGGACACCGACGAAGCCGUCUCGUGGCCCACGAGACUCGAGUGCCCCACGGCGAGCAAGGGUGCGAACGUGACGUUGAAGGACUUGGGCGGUGGCCAGUGGGGACUGAGUCAGAUGCUUAACGACACGGAGGUGGUCCAUGCGUGUUUCGUGGACCCGUUCAUGCCAGAGACCGUGACGGAUGUUGUGCGUCACUGUCAGCCGCUUGUGGACAGCUGCCCAGAGUCCUGGAACGAUCCUGAAGUCGCCGAACUCUGCGGCGCCUACACUGCCAAGGCGUUCGACUCUGAAGUCAGAGCUGCAAUCCAUGAUGCAGACAAACUGUCGUUUCGCAACCCGCACUGUGCACUCUGUAACGGAGUGAAUGCUGUUGACAUGAUAUGCGAUAUGGAGCUCGGGCAGCGAGGUCUUAUUCGCCGCGAUUUCAAUGUGCAGGCGUUUACCAUAUUGCUGGAUGUGACUGAAGACACCGGGAGUAACAUUGUCGGUGCAAAAACGGUGUGUGAUGAUGGUGAAUUUUGGGACCAGGCAUUCAUCAAAUGCCGUUCCUUAUCUUGUGACGAGGGUUUCAAGCUAGAGAACAAUGUGUGUGUGGCAGAAAAGAAGUCGAGAACGGGCAAACCCAAUGGUAAAGGCACCAUCGUCUUCCCCGAGAACGGAAACAAUGUCAAGGAAGAUGACAACAAAACGCAAGAGGCCGUCGACUUCCAGCGCUGCCCAAAGAUCUAUCUCUCACCUGGUGAGUUCAUCGAGCGUCCUGACGGCACCGUGUUGGUGGAACAGUACGAGCUCAUCUUCAGGCAUGGCGAGUUCGAGAUGCGUCAAGGGGAGCUGGCCAUCUGCUCGGUAGCCUCCGACUUCCGCAAGUUCGACUAUGCCCUGACGAUUCUCUCGCUGGUGUUUCUUGCUGGUUCCAUCUUCUGCCUGUGCUGUCACCUGGUGCUCUUCUGCCUAGUGCCGGACUUGAGGAAUCUCUCCGGUAAGAACCUGGCAUCACUCUGCGUGUGUCUCCUGCUGGGAUACGUUUGCUUUGUGACCUCACCGUUCGAGACGGCGGGCAGCGAAGGAUGUCGCACUCUCGGCAUCGUCAUGUACACCGCCUUCAUUGCGUCCUUCCUCUGGAUGAACGUCAUGGCCUUCGACGUGUUCAUCACCUUGAGGCAAGCGAUGACUGAGCUACGCGUCACCUCCGGUCGUCAUCGGAAGCGCUACCUUCUCUACCUGCUGUACGUCUGCGUCCUGACGGCAGCUCUGGUGGCCGCCGCUGUCGGAACUGACUCCUCAGCCGACCCGACCAGUGCCUACCGCCCUGCGUUCGGAGAGAGGGUCUGCUGGUUCAGCCGCCGCCGAGCCCUCAUGGUGUUCUUCGCCAUGCCGCUCAUUCUGAUCAUGGUGGCCAAUGUGGCGCUGUUUCUGGGAAGUGCCAGCGUUAUCAGAAGAACAGGGCGAGCGACGGCAUCCAUGUCUUGUGGCCCAACAAAGACAAAUCUGCGCUUAUACAGCCGCCUGGCCACCAUCACUGGCCUCUCGUGGCUGGUGGGUCUGGUCGCCACCUGGCUCGACUUCCCGCCGCUCUGGUACGCGUUCGUCGUCCUGAACACCCUGCAGGGCGUCUUCAUCUUCAUCUUCUUCACGCUGGCGGAUCGGGUCAGGGACCGGAUCAGACGUGAUCUGUCCCGGUACUCCCGGUGGCAGGCGGGUGGUAAGGUGGAUGAUGUGCCAGGGUCGGAGCCUGGUCUGCCGUGUACUGACUCAACAGGACUACAGCUGACUGACAGCAGGCCCACCGACGGCUGCUGAACGAACAGCUGCUGAACGUCAAGAACUGACAAUUGUUCAGCCGAGAGCUGAACGUCAGUUUUGGAAACUAUGCAGACGUCAGCGACUGAGAGACAGCCGUUGAGAAGCAGCAGCUCAAGAGCAGCUCACCGACAGUCGGCCAAACGACAGCGUCUACCGACAUCAACCGACAGCAGGCAGUCACCCGGCCGACAGCGGAUCUAACGACAGUCGACAUCCCUGGCAGUCGUUAGUCUAUCGACAGUGACCAACAGCAUCCGACACUGCAGCAUGCAUUGCUGACUGAAUCACAUCUGUGCUUGCAGACGGCGCCCAGCGGCUGACUGAGGCGGCAGUGUCUGACUGAAGGGGCGAGGAAGACACUCGGCUGUGUCCUCUGUGAUGUUAAAUGGUGUGCGUCUGUGAUGGAUACUCGCCUUCCCGCCUCUCCGGAUGCUUUGUCGUCAUUAGACGCCAGGUUUUCACCGUCCUCACCGCUUUUUCCACAUCUACUGUAGAAUCCGGCCUUUUCCCAGAUCGACCGUAAGAAUCAGCCGAUAGCAGGGGGAUGCGUGGCUUUUAAAGGAACUUUAUGAGUCACAGGACUUUUGUUAUGCUUAGUCGAGUGUUCAGGAUAACUGGGGUGCGUUUGAAUGCGGGCAGCUGAAUCACUAGCAAGAGCUCACGAAGUACACGAUGUGUGAUUUACUUGCUCAGCUGGAAUGAAGAUUCUGGUAAAACUCGUCGCGUUGGACAUUGACUCGCCUGAAGCAGCUCGCAGUUGCUCAAUUUGAUUGGGUUCGAUGUGUUUGGUUUGACCAGUCAGAAGUGUGCUUGCACCGCGCCGGUGUUUUGUGCUUGUGUGUGCGAGUAGACAAUAAGGUGUCCGCAGUGUACUAAUAACCGCUGUCGAAGAAUGGCAUGGAUAUUGUCGGUCUUCCUAGUGAAGAUUGUGGCUUUCUUGACUUAGGCUGUAAACGAGGAUCAAAAUGUUUGCAUUCACUUCAGACAAUGCUCGCUUUCUAGGAUGUGUUUGAUGUUAUUCAUAUAAGGAAAUGUCCCCAAU